AUGCACCCGCAAGAGAAAUUGGGACACCGCGCGUGUGCUUGCGACAGCCACCUAUACACCACAGCACCCGAAUGCAGUGCGAACACGUGUCAGCCAACGUGUCAGAAACAUGCGUUGAAAGAAUGCCUGAGGACUUCAAAGCAGAUCAAAGGAAGUGAUAUAGCAACACGAACCAAGGCACUCAAUCAGGUGCAAUUGGCACCUGCGGGCUACGAAAUGGACAGGAGGUGCGAUGGCACUGAGACAUGUGUCCACCCCUACAGCAAUGGGCCCGAUAGCAGUACUGGCACAGCGACACACAGCACACACGCACUGCGUUCGAAGUACCUGCAUGCUAGAGUGCAAUAG